CCAACCCUCACAACACCGGCGCUGAUGCUUUACGACAUAUCUCCGCGACGAGCUAAGUGGCUAGCUGACUGACGGCUACGAUUAGACGAAGGAGCGGAGCUUAACGUCAACUAUCCGUUACCGGGCAAAUCCGCGCCUGACACACAGAGACAGCUGGGUCUCUCCCUCCCUCAGUGACCACAGAGAGGUCCGAGCCUCCGUCACCAUGACAGACAACAAGCGUCUCGCCUUCUCCAUCAUCCAGUUCCUCCAUGACCAGCUCCACUCAGGGAAUCUGACCUCGGGCGCCCAGGAGAGUCUGGAAGUUGCUGUUCAGUGUUUGGAGACGGCGUUUGAAGUUUCGACUGACGACCAGAGCCUCGCCGUGCCCAUGACGUUACCGGAGAUCUUCGCCUCGGCCACGGCCAAGCAUCCAGUUGAGUCGCAGGUCAACAACAACGCCACCCAAAACUCCCUCACUGAGGACCAGAGAGCCGAGGCAGAGGCGCUCAAAACUGACGGAAACGACCAAAUGAAGGUGGAGAACUUCUCUGCUGCUGUUGAGUUUUACUCAAAGGCCAUCGCCAUCAACCCCCAGAACGCCGUGUAUUACUGCAACAGGGCUGCGGCGUACAGUAAACUGGGGAACUACGCUGGAGCGGUGCAGGACUGUGAACGGGCCAUCAACAUCGACCCAAACUACAGCAAAGCCUACGGGAGGAUGGGUUUGGCGCUGGCCAGCCUCAACAAACACACAGAAGCAGCCAGCUACUAUAAGAAAGCUCUGGAGCUCGACCCCGACAACGACACCUACAAAGCCAACCUGAAGAUCGCAGAGGAGAAGAUGGAAACGUCCAGUCCGACAGCAGGGAUGGGAGGAGUAGAUCUGGCCGGUCUGCUCAGUAACCCCGGCUUCAUGAACAUGGCGUCGUCUCUGAUGAACAACCCUCAGGUUCAGCAGCUGAUGUCGGGGAUGAUGUCAGGAGCAUACGGCGGGGUGGGAGGAGGAGCAGCAGGAGGAGGAGGAGCAGGACUAGGAGCGGGACUGGGAGGACUGGGAGGACUAGGAGGACUAGGAGCAGGACUAGGAGGAGGAAGUGCGGCGGCCCCUGGAGCUGCUGGACCUGCUGCAGCUGCUGGACCUGCUGCAACCGGAGAUUUAUCAGGACUCAUCCAGGCAGGUCAGCAGUUUGCUCAGCAGAUGCAGCAGCAGAACCCCGAACUCAUCGAACAGCUGAGGAGUCAAAUCCGCAACCGAACGCCCAGCGCUGGAAACGAGGAGCAGCCAUGACACUCAGGUCAGUUCGCCCGAGGGCUGUUUCAGUCGGGGCGAUGCU